UCUUAUUUCUAGCACAGGCCCCAAUAGAAUUUCAUUUGGCCGUCUCAUCUAUUCCAAACUCAAUAUAAAACGAUCAACGAAAAAUGCCGUACGCACUAAAGGGAAGAAAUGUGCUGGUCACAGCCGGCUCUCGAGGCCUGGGUGCCCUGAUAUGCGAGAAGUUCGCAGCUGAAGGUGCCAAUGUGCUCAUCAACUACCACUCCAAUGCAGAGGCUGCACAGCAACUGGCUGAUAAACUUGAGAAAGAGUACUCCGUGAAAUGCCAUAUCGCCCAGGCGGAUACACUUGUGGCUGCUGAGAAUGACAAGCUUAUUCAUACAACCGUGGAAAAGCUCGGUGGUUUGGAUAUCAUCAUUGCUAAUGCUGGAUGGACGCGAUUUACUCGCCCCGGCGACAUCUACGACAUGUCCCACGAUGAAUGGAACAAGUGCUGGGCCGCCAAUGUAAUGUCCCACCUCCAGCUUAUGCAGACCGCGAAACCCAUUCUCUCAAAGAACGCCGACGGUGGUGUCUACAUUGCGACCUCUUCUAUCGCGGGCAUCACAACCGGCGGAAGCAGCAUGGCCUACUCAGUUACCAAAGCCGCAGGUCUGCACUUGAUGAAGCAUUUCGCCUUCACAUUUGGGCCCGAGAUCCGCGUAAAUGCAGUCUUGCCCGGUCUCCUUCUGACGGAAUGGGGCUUGAAAUUUGGCGAUAAUAUAAUCAAUGCGCUGAAGGAACGCUCUGCUUUGAAACACGAGACAUACUUGGACGACUGCGCGGAUGCAUAUAUCAAUCUCGCCAAGAAUACUUCGGCGACUGGUCAACAGCUCACAAUUGAUGCGGGUCUGAGUCUUGGACAUCUCCCAACGCCAAAGGUUUGAAGCGGGCGUGGUAGCCUCUGUUGGGGGCCCGUACCGGUUAGCUUGCAUUGAUAUGCUGGAAGCCUCCGUACUGCGCACAGCUUUUGCUUGCCUCGCGUGUCUGUUCUGGUGGUGUAGGGGAAGUAGUAGAUUGCACUGGGCAUGAACUACCUAUUAUUCUAGACCAAGAUUUUGGUGUAUGACAGCAAGGCUGGAACCAUAAGAUGAUAAUAGAACUUAUAGAAUCA